AUGUCCGCUAUCCAGAACCUCCACUCUUCCGACGCCUUUGCUGAUGCAAGUCAGGGUGAUGACCUGCUGCCUGCGGGGACAGAGGAUUCUAUCCACAUAAGAAUUCAACAGCGCAACGGCAGGAAGACCCUUACCACCGUCCAAGGGAUCGCUGAUGACUACGACAAAAACAAACUAGUGAAGGCCUUUCAGAAGACAUUUGCAGGCAAUGGCACUGUGAUGGAGCAUCCGGAGUAUGGAGAAGUGAUUCAGCUCCAGGGCGACCAGCGCAAGCACAUAUGCCAGUUCCUUGUAGAGACUGGACUGGCUCAGGACGACCAGCUGAAGGUUCAUGGAUUUUAA